GGUUGUCAUAUCUAUAUGUACAAAACAAUGUAUUUGCAUCUAGUUGGCGUGAGGCCAAUGACCUCAUCCGAUCCCUUUCCCUUUCCCAUCCGCGCGUCCCUACUCCUCCCCCUCCCUCCUCAACGACGCGAGAAGACGCAAUCCUGGGAGCUCCGAACCCUAGCUCCUAAUUUGAGCCCCGGUGUCAUCGAUUCCUCAGGAGCCCGCCGCGAUUCGGCUCCCGUAGCAGCAUAGGGCUCCACCGCUCCCCAGCUGCAUCAGCAUCGACGGCGGCGGCGCGCCGCCGCGACUACGCUCGAGGAAGCACCUAGUCUCGGCGGGUUCUCGUUCUUGGAGGCCUUCCAUAAGGCGGUUUCGUGGUGUCCGAGCCCGGAUCUACGGCGAUCUGCAAGCGGAAGGCGAUAGAUGAGGCGAUUCAGUGGUAACCCCCAAUCCGGUGGGUUUCCGGCUGGCAGAGGCGGAAAGGUUCGGGCCUUCGGCGGGUGAUCAGAUUUCUCCGUGCGGCGCGCGGCUUGUGUCUACCGCAACGGUGUAGGACUGGAGCGCAGGAGCCGACGAGGCGGUGGAGAUACAAAAAAAUUGCUUGCUUGUACACUUGUUCAUGUUCAUUUGUUCCUGCUAUCUGUUGUGGUUUAAAGCAUCAAUUUUCCGCUCAAUUUAAGGGCGAAGACACUUUUUUUGUUCCUUCCUUGUUGGUUUCUAUGGAAUAAUCUCUAUAUUACAGAAGAGGAGUGUGGAAAAGCAACAAAAAAGAGGAAUAUAAAAUACAAAAAAGAUAUAACCAGCAGAAAAAAGAGAUUUUUUUUGAGUGGGCAAGCAAAUGGCUGUGUAUUACAAGUUCAAGAGUGCUAGAGACUUUGACUCGAUUCCGAUUGAGGGGCAAUUCAUCUCUGUUGCCAACUUGAAGGAGCGGAUUUUUGAGUCCAAGCAUCUCGGCAGGGGCACAGAUUUUGACCUUAUGAUCUCAAAUGCUCAGACUGAUGAAGAGUAUGCUGAUGAGGCCACUAUGAUACCGAAAAAUACGUCAGUAUUGAUUCGGCGGAUACCAGGACGACCAAGGAAGCCUAUUGUCACAGAACCUGAAGAGACAAAAGCUGCAGAAGAUGGUGUACAAGAUGUCAUGCCCACAUCGGGUGCUUUUCUUGGUGAUUCAUCUAUGAAAUAUCCUGAAGAAUCUGAGUGGGAUGAUGAGUUUGGCAACGAAUUAUAUAUUUCUGAUUCAGUUCCUUAUCAGCCUGUUUGCCAGGCGGUUGAUGCUAUUGAAAAUAAAGUUGACGAGGAUAGUAAAAUAAAAGCACUUAUUGAUACAUCUGCCCUUGACUAUAGCCAAAUCCCUGAUGGUUAUGGUUCUGGAAGAGGCUAUGGUAGAGGGAUGGGUGGAAGAAUGAUGGCUGGACGUGGCUUUGGACGUGGGCUAGAACGCAGGACACCUCCUCCAGGCUAUGUUUGUCACAGAUGCAAAGUACCUGGUCAUUUUAUUCAACAUUGCCCCACAAAUGGGGAUGCUAGAUAUGAUGUGAAAAGGAUGAAACCCCCAACUGGCAUUCCAAAAUCAAUGCUAAUGCAAACUCCGGAUGGUUCAUACGCACUACCAAGUGGAGCUGGUGCUGUUUUGAAGCCAAAUGAAGCUGCUUUUGAGAAGGAGAUAGAGGGCCUACCUACCACACGUCCUGUUGGUGAUCUUCCACCAGAGCUACGCUGCCCAUUGUGCAAAGAAGUAAUGAAGGAUGCUGUUCUAACUAGUAAAUGCUGCUUUAGGAGUUUCUGUGAUAAAUGCAUCAGGGACUACAUAAUUAACAAGUCAAUGUGUGUCUGUGGUGCCACAAGCAUAUUAGCUGAUGAUCUUCUCCCUAAUAAAACUCUAAGAGAAACCAUCAGUCGCAUAUUAGAGGCACCACCAACUAGCAGUACAGAAAAUGUGGGAAGCAUGGUGCAAGUACAGGACAUGGAGUCAGCUCUACCUGUACAACCUAAGCAUAGGUCUCCUGCUGUUUCUGCUGCUUCAAAGGAAGAGGCUAAAGCAUCCACACUUGUAGAAGAGUCUCCAGAUGCUGAGAGCCUCAAUGGAACAAAAGCUACAAAUAUUGAUGCGAGUUCUUCGGAUAAGAAAGCUUUGACAGUUCCAGAUAUUGCUGAAGGGACCUUGGAUUCUAAGAAAGCGAAAGAAGAUAAACCAGUAGAAGCAACCCCAGUGGCAAAAGAUUCUCAAGAAAAGUUUCCUGCAGGGGAACAAGCUUCAGCGGUAAAGAAGAAGAAAAAGAAGAAGCCACGUGUUCCUGGAAAUGCUGAAGAGCAAUGGAAAAAUUUUCAAGAUUUUGGAACUGAAAAUUUUUCGGGGAUGCCCUUGGGUCCAACUGGAGCAUUCAACCCUUACUGGGGCGGAGGAGUGCCAUUGCCAAUGGAUUACAUGAAUGCACCGUUUCCUGGUCCCAUGCCUUACAUGGGUUAUCCACCAGGUCCAUUUGACCCUUUUGGUGGGGGUGUUCUCCCACAAGAUCCAUUUAUGCCCCCAGGAUACAUGAUGCCAGGAGUUCCUAGGGAUCUUUCUGAAUUGGCAGUUAACGCUAUGGGAAUAAACAUGGGCCCGCCAGUUAUGAGCAGAGAAGAAUUCGAUCCCAGGAAACCUGAACAUAGGAGGAGACGUGAAAUGGAUCGGUUCAAUGAUAGGGAAAGAGAGCGUGACCGUUCUCGAGAGCGAGAGCGAGAACGGGAGCGGGAGCGUUCCUUGGAGAGGGAGAGGGAGCGGGAGCGGGAGCGUGGCCGUUCUCUGGAGAGGGAGCGGGAGCGGGUUCGAGAGCUGGAGCGUUCCCGCGAGGGUGACCGUGAACGGCAGCGAGGCAGGGACAGGGACAGGGACUCACGCAGAGAGGCCAGAGCAUCACCAGGGGCCAUUAAUGAUAGUUCCUCGAUGAGGCGGAAUGAUAGGUCGAGGUCCCAGCCGGACAGGUCGGAGCGUGGCCCGCCGCAGCCGUCCAGCCCCGACCGGCAGUCGCGUCGCUCCUCCUCCGGCAAGAAGCGUUCCUCCUCCGACCGCUACGACGACAUGCCGCUCCCACCUCCCCCUCCGCUGCCCGCGACGCGGCACGAGGCCGAGCCCGCCAAGGCACCGGGGUCGUCGUCCAAGUCCAAGGCCAGCGUCUUCUCCCGCAUCAGCUUCCCCGGAGACGGCGCCAACCCCUCCGACGCCAAGCGCAGCCGCAGGGCCUCCGACAAGCCCCCCGCGCGCUCCUCUUCCUCCUCCAAGAAGAGCGCCGCGGCAGAGGGCGGGGACGGCCGCGGCCACCGCCACCACCGUGAGCCCGCGGCCGCCGAGGAGGAGAAGCCUAGGCCCGCUGCCUCCGGUGGCGACUACUACGGCGGCACGGACGGAGAGGAGAGCGAGGACGAGGAGCAGCACUUCAAGCGGCGGCCGUCCUCGUCCUCCCGGCGCGAGCGCGAGCAGGACGCGCCGGAAGAGCAGCCGCGCCACUCGCGACGGUCCAGGGACCACAGGCGCCGGUGAGCGUCGCCCCGUCCGUCCGUGAUAUAUAAAUCUUAGAAGCUUGAGUUGGGAGGUCGUCGCCUCCGCAGAUCAGAGCCGUCCUGCUUCCCUGUCGCGUCGGAGUUGGGCCCUGUACAUUGCCUUCCCGCGAUUAUCAUGUUUUGUUUAAAUCGGAUCGGAUCAAAUGGGGAUUAUAAUAAGUUUGAUUUGAUGGAUCAUCUUAAUCGCUGUUUAAUUA